GGCGCGAGCGGAAGGCGGGACCAAGGCCAGGAGCCGGCGAGUGAUGCCACUCACACUCGGGAAAGAGCUAACGGGACAGCGGCGCAAGCCAAUCGCAGCCAGCCCUCCGGAGGCAGAGAGACCGGGGUGGAGACUUCGGAUGCCGCGGUUGCAGGAGCCCAGUGGGGCCGAGGCUGCCCCCGAGCCCGAGCCGCUGGGCUGCUGUUGACCCUUUGUUCUCACCAUCAAGUGACUCAGGCUGCUCCGCGAUUGCCAAGCCUGGACCAAACCCCGGGGGAGAAAACUGAGGAUUCUCUCCCUGAGGCACCGUUCUAAGUACAAAUAGAAAUUGGCUAUGGAUAAUUCAUAUGCUUUCAAUCAACGAAGCUCAUGUAAUGGAAUUCCAUCUGAGAAAACAAACAACUUACUUGUGUCAGAAGAUCAUGGACAGAAAAUCUUGAGUGUACUACAGAAUUUUAGAGAACAAAAUGUCUUUUAUGAUUUCAAAAUAAUCAUGAAAGAUGAAAUAAUCCCAUGUCAUCGUUGUGUGUUAGCAGCGUGCAGUGACUUUUUCAGGGCUAUGUUUGAAGUAAACAUGAAAGAAAGAGAUGGUGGGAGUGUUACCAUUACCAAUUUGUCCGCCGAAGCAGUAAAAGCCUUUCUUGAUUAUGCCUAUACUGGAAAAACAAAGAUAACAGAUGAUAAUGUGGAAAUGUUCUUCCAGGUGUCAUCGUUUUUUCAAGUUCCCUUCCUAUCCAAAGCCUGCAGUGACUUCUUAAUAAAAAGUAUUAAUAUUGUCAAUUGUUUACAGUUAUUAUCUAUAUCAGAUAGCUAUGGCUCUCCCCGUUUGUUUGAUCAUGCAUUAUACUUUGUACAACAUCACUUUUCCUUGUUAUUUAAAUCCAGUGAUUUCUUAGAGAUGAAUUUUGGAGUAGUGCAGAAAUGUCUGGAAUCGGAUGAAUUAGAUGUUCCUGAAGAAGAAACUGUCCUGAAAGUUGUCCUGAAUUGGACUAAAUAUAACUUACAAGCAAGGCAAAAGCAUCUGCCUUAUCUGAUUAAAAAAGUAAGAUUACAUCAAUUACCUGAGGAGACACUUCAAGACUGUCUGCUUAGUGAAGAGUGUUUACUCAAAAACACCAACUGUUUUGACAUAGUCAUGGAUGCAAUUAAAUGUGUGCAAGGUUCUGGUGGACUUUUCCCUGAUGCGCGACCAUCCACAACUGAAAAAUACAUCUUUGUUCACAAAACUGAGGAAAAUGGCGAAAAUCAACAUACAUUUUGCUAUAAUAUCAAAACUGAUUCGUGGAAAAUACUGCCACAAUCACACCUGAUUGAUUUGCCCGGAUCUAGUCUGGCAAGUUACGGAGAGAAAAUAUUCUUGACAGGUGGUUGCAAGGGGCCGUGUUGUCGAACAGUUCGGCUUCAUAUUGCAGAGUCAUAUCAUGACGCCACUGAUCAAACCUGGUGCUAUUGUCCAAUCAAAAAUGAUUUCUGCCCAGUAUCAACCAUGAAAACACCCAGAACCAUGCAUACAUCGGUUAUGGCUCUUAAUAGAUUGUUUGUCAUAGGUGGAAAGACGACGGGAUCUCGGGACAUUAAAAGUCUCCUAGACGUUGAAUCUUACAACCCUCUUUCCAAAGAAUGGAUGUCUGUUAGCCCGUUACCCAGGGGCAUAUACUACCCCGAAGCAAGUGCAUGCCAAAAUGUAAUUUAUGUGCUUGGAUCAGAGGUAGAAAUUACAGAUGCCUUUAACCCAUCGCUUGAUUGCUUUUUUAGAUACAACGCUACAACUGAUCAGUGGUCUGAAUUAGUAGCAGAGUUCGGGCAAUUUUUUCAUGCCACAUUAAUUAAAGCUGUCCCGGUAAACUGCACACUGUAUAUAUGUGACCUUUCCACCUACAAGGUUUAUAGUUUUUGUCCUGAUACUUGUGUCUGGAAGGGUGAAGGAUCUUUUGAAUGUGCAGGCUUUAAUGCAGGUGCUGUUGGAAUUGAGGAUAAAAUUUACAUAUUAGGUGGUGACUACGCACCCGAUGAAAUCACAGAUGAAGUGCAAGUCUACCACAGCAGCAGGUCCGAAUGGGAGGAAGUGUCACCGAUGCCAAGAGCCUUAACUGAGUUUUACUGCCAGGUGAUUCGGUUUAACAAAUACCGGGACCCCUGGUUUUCUAACCAUUUCUAAAAGUAGUGUGUGCGUAGACAUUGUAAAACUCUUUCGGUUCUAGAAACCUAGGGGAGGUUUGUUAAAUAACAGUUGGUAAAAAAGGUCUAUGCAUCUUAAAUCAAAAUUUACCUUCUAUUAGAGAA